AUGCGAUUGUUGGAUAACACCAGAGGUGUAAGUCCUCUUUUUCAUUCUUUUCGGCCAAUGUGUUCCUUGAUGUCCUGUGCCGAAAUCAUGUUCGAUUCCCUACAAUCGCUGUGCACCUCUUCAGCUCUCUGUACAGAAUCUGCGCAGAAGACAUCUGCGCCGCCUGCAGUGGCCAUGGCGGUGCUGCGGGAAUACAACCAAGCAAUUGCCAAGAAGAGGGACCAGUGGCUAGAGGCUUGCUUGUUGCUGCAUGGCCUCAUUGAAGUUGAGUUGCGACCGGAUGUGAUCAGCUUCAAUUCUCUGAUCAAUGCUUGCGGUCGCAGCGGAGAAUGGCACAUGGCGCACUUCUUCUUAGAACAGCUUGGGCCCUGGCGGCUGCAGUGCGACGUGGUCGGCUACAGCAGCCUCGUGACCAGCUGCGAAAGGGGGCGACAGUGGCGACGGGCGCUGGGUUUACUGCGCCAGUCGCCCUCAGCCUCGCUCCGGUGCCCCGUGGUGACCUACAACGCCACCCUCAGCGCCCUCGGCGGCGCAGCAGCACCGGGCGCCCUGUGGCGCCGCGCGGUGCAGGUGCUGCGUGAGCUGGAGGGCCACGCGGUGCGGGCGCAGGUGAUUUCCUUCAACUCGGUCAUCAACGCUGUCCACCGCUGGGAGCACGCCCUGGACCUCCUCACGCUCCCACCGCAGCGGGCGCUGCGGCCCAGCGCCGUGAGCUACGGCAGCGCCGCCGACCGCUGCGCCGCCGGCUCCGUGGCCGGCGGCGGCGACGGCAGCGGUUGGGCUUGGGCGUUGACGGUGCUGAGCGAGGCGCGCGAGGGGCGGCUGGCGACGCUGGUCCUCUACACCGCAGCCUUGAGCGCGCUGGGCGCCCGCUGGCUCCUGGCCCUGUCACUGCUGCGCGAGGCAGUCGAAGGCCGCGCGGCGCCCGACACCCCGGCGGCCACAGCAGCGGUGGUGGCCUGUGGGGAAGCGGAGGAAUGGCCCAGUGCCCUAUACGUCCUGUCUCAACCGUGGGCUCCGGUGCCCCCGUCGGCCGCCGUGCGCGCGCUCGCCAGCCGCUGGCGUGCUGGGCUUGUUUGCCUCAGGAAGGGCGAUGUCGACGGGUGCAAUGCGGUGCUGGCCGGUGCUGGGGUGGAGCACUGGGAAAGGGGAAUGCAGAUGUUGCAGGAACUUCGGUGCCUGCGCCUUGGGGAUGUGAUCAGCUACAACUCUGCCAUCAGCAAUUGCAUCCACUGGCCCACCGCGUUGAUCUUGCUCGCCGGAGUUGGAGAGAUGCAGCUCCGAACAACGAGCAUCACCUACAACGCGGUGGUCAGCGCUUGUCAGGAUGCCUGGCAAGUGGCCUUGCUGCUCGUGACCGGUGCGCGGCACCCGAACGCGUGGAACGCGGCGCUUCACGCCCUGGCCCUGGCAGGGCAUUGGCGUCGAGCCCUGCGGCUCUUGGAGGCGGCGUCCAAGGAUCCACGGGCGGUCAAUGCGGUGGUGGGGGCCUGUGAAAAGGCGGUGGCCGCGGUGGCGGAGAAGGGUGGCGGACGAGGUCCAGUGGCCGCGCUUUGCCCUCCAAAAGGGAGCUCGCGGUGGGUAUGGGUUCCCGGGAACGGUGGAACGGGAAGUCGGUGCUUCCUGGGAACGGGUGGAUGA